AUGGCCUUUGGCAUCAUCUUUGUACUUCUCGUGGUGCUUACAUUUGUAGUGCAGAAAUUGCCAAGAGAUAUAUAUCCAGCAAACAAGCUUAGCAUAGCAAAGGGAGUGCAGAAAAAUACCGAGAGUUUGCAUAGUAUUGGCUCAUGUAUGAAACCACCUACGGCGAUAAAUUACACCAUUUGUAAGACUCUACCAGUCUUACCUGUAAUAUGUGGAGAUGGGGCGAAAAAAAGAGAUUUUGAUGAAACUGGAAUAAAAUACAAAGUCCCCAAUAUUGUAUAUCUUGUAAUGGUCGGGAAUCCAACCAUUACAUUUGACUCCGUUAUGUAUUUAACCCUUCGGUCAGUAGCGAGAAUACAACAGCCUGAAGCGAUUGUCAUCUACUAUUCACCUGCUGAACCAACAGGUGAAUUCGCUAAACGAGCAAACCAAGAGAUUCCGUGUCUUCGUUGGGUUAAAGUAGAAGACCCUAAAGUGGUCAAGGGUGUCGAGCCGAUAGCGGAUUCCCGCACUGAAAUAAUUCGAUUUCAAAAACUGAUUAAGCAUGGCGGUAUAUACGUGGACAAUGACGUUAUUCAACUUAAAAGCUUUGAUCCACUUCGCCACUAUUCCUUUGUUGCAGGGCGUGAACACGCAGUGAGCAUCAAUGACGGAAUCUUGUUGGCCGAACCUAAAUCACAUUUUCUUGACAAGUUCUUUCAUGAAAGCUAUUUGAAAGCUUAUGAAAAUUAUGAUCCAGUAAACUACUUUAAAUAUGGACAGGAUGGCCUGUUCCAAUUCUACCGAAAAAACAUGGCGUCGGACGUUCAUAUUGAAGAUUUUGCAAUCAACAGACCACUGCCCUUUGAAGGAUACGAAGGUGCUGGUGCGGCAGUUGAUAGCCACUAUGAUAUAAGUAAAAACUACGUACUGCAUAUACACCCAAGGGCUGCUGUUAACCCUAAACCACAAUUGAAAUACAUUUAUACGGAUACUGAAGAACAAGUCCGCACCAGAGAUAACAUAUACGGAGCAGCAGCUAGAAUAGCUUACUUUGGAAGUCCAGAUCUUAUAUUUAAACCUGGUGAAAAAGUUUACAAUCAAACACCCACGAUUAAGUUGAAACCGUUGCCGAAGAUUGAACCAGAUACCAGUGAAUAG